GCGGCCUCAUCUCAGGCCGGGCCCCUAACCCGAGAAGUCCUUCCAUCCCCCCUGGCCUGUGCUCCUCGAUUCUUACCAUGUCCAACAACAUUGCUGAGAAGCCCCCCGUCCCGGCCGCCCUGGCCAAGCUUGGCAAGCGCCCGGCCGCCGGUGGCAAGGUCCGCCGCCCGGCCUCCAAGCCGGCCAAGUCCGAGCCCAAGGAGAACCAGGUCAUCGCUUCGAUCACCAGCGCCACCCCGGUGCAUGUCGAGCUGCCGGAGGACUUCCCCUUCAAGCUGGAUGUCCCGACUGUCUCCGAGCAGUUCAAGGAGGUCUACCCCGUCGGCGAGGAGGUUGAGUAUGCGAACGACACCACCCAGCGCAUCACCUCCGAGGAGAUGCGCGAGAAGGAGCGUCUCGAGGCCAACAUCUACAACGACGUGCGCCGGGCGGCCGAGGUCCACCGCCAGGUGCGGAAGCAUGUGCGCGCGAACACUCGCCCUGGCAUGGCCAUGGUCGACAUCGCCAACAUGGUGGAGAACAACGUCCGCCGGCUGAUCGAGGCCGACGGCUUCAAGGCCGGCAUCGCCUUCCCCACCGGCCUGUCCCUCAACCAUGUGGCCGCCCACUGGACCCCGAACCCUGGCGACAAGACCAUCCUCAAGGAGACCGACAUUGUCAAGAUCGACUUCGGCACCCACGUCAACGGUCGCAUCAUUGACUCGGCCUUCACCCUGUCCUUCGACCCGACGCACGACCCGCUGAUCACCGCCUGUCGCGAGGCCACCAACGCCGGUAUCCGCGAGGCCGGCAUCGACGUGCGCAUGUGCGACAUCGGCGCCGCCAUCCAGGAGGUCAUGGAGUCCUACGAGGUGACCAUCGGCAACAAGGUGUACCCGGUCAAGCCCAUCCGCAACCUCAACGGGCACUCCAUCGAGAGCUACCAGAUCCACGCCGGCAAGACGGUCCCCAUUGUCAAGGGUGGCGAUCACACCCGCAUGGAGGAGGGCGAGUUCUAUGCCAUCGAGACGUUCGGCUCCACCGGUCGCGGCUACGUCGUCGAGGACUCCGAGGUGUCCCACUGGAUGCGCUCGCCGCACAUGUCCCUGCGCAACAACAUCCGCGUCCCGCGCGCUGCGCAGCUCAUGAACACCAUUGACAUGAACUUCGGCUCGCUGGCCUUCUGCAACCGUUACCUGGAGCGCAUUGGUGAGGAGAACUUCGCCGGCACCCUCCGGUCACUGGCGCAGACCGGUGCCAUUGAGGCCUACCCGCCGCUUGUGGAGUCUCGUGGUUCCCUGACCGCCCAGUCCGAGCACACCAUCCUCCUGCGCCCCACCUGCAAGGAGAUCAUCUCCCGUGGUGACGACUACUAAGGGACCUCGUCCGUGCGUGUGAGUGUACACGGAGAGCAAGAAUACAACCCCCAUUCGUGA